AUGGAUAUUAUCCCUGCUGAUGAAGAGAAUAACUUAGUAAAUCCAACUACUGUGAACAUGCAAGAUACUGUGGUUAUUAGUAAACAGAAUAAAAAGACAGUAGCAGUAGAGGUUGAUAUCUCAGAUGAUGAGUAUGGAGACUCUAGUUCUAAUUCUUCAUGGAGACACAAUCUGCAUAGUGACAAUGAGGAUGAAUUAGUUCUAGAUAGGGUCUCAAAUGAUGACAGUGAGGACAGUGAUACUAAUUUUUCUGAUUUUGAAGACAAUGAAGCAGAAAUUCUGGUUCCUGAUUCUGAAAGUGAAGAAAGGGAUGAUCCUAUAAGACAAUUAAUGAGAUCAAAGAUGUGGAUUUACAAUCCUAAAGAUGACAUAGAGUUUGAGAAAGGUCAAUUAUUCACCAAUGUGGAUGCAUUUAGGGCUGUCUUGAAAGAUUAUGUUAUUCAAAAAGGCUUUCCGCUUCUGAGAUUGAAAAAUGAGAGAUCUAGAGUGACUGCUAUCUGCAAUGCUGAGAGAUGCAAGUGGAAAAUACAUGCAUCACCAGUGGCUGAUAAUAUCACUUUUCAGAUUAAAAGUUACCAACCACAGCACACUUGUGUGAUGGAUAAACACUGUGCUGAAGCCACAUCUGAUUGGAUGGUCAAGAAGCUGGUUAGUGUCAUGAGAGAUCAUCCUAAUAUGACCAGCAAAGGUGUAAAGGCAGAGUUGAGGAAGUAUGGUGUGAAGCAAAGUAAAAUACAGAUUUUCAGAUCUAAGAACAAAGCACUUAAUGAAAUAGAAAACACACAUGCUGAAUCUUAUUCUAAACUUCCAAAAUAUGCUGAACUGUUAAAGAACAAUAAUCCCAACAACAUUUGUAAAAUACAUUAUGAUAUACCAAAUCUGUUAGUUGAGCCUAAAUUUUUGAGAAUAUUAAUUAGCUUUAGAGUUCAAAAGCUGGGAUUCCUAGAAGGUUGUAGGCCUUUUGUGGGAUUUGAUGGAUGUUUUUUAAAGGGUCCAUUUGAAGGUGUGCUUCUCAUAGCAGUUGCUUUGGAUGCAAACAACAGCAUAUUUCCAAUAAUAUUUGCUAUAACUGAAUGUGAGAACAAGGAUACUUGGAUGUGGUUUUUCUACUACUUUCAAGAGUUUUUUGGAUCCUUUAACAACAACAUCCCUUUAACUUUCAUGAGUGAUAGGCAGAAGGGAUUGAAUCUUGCUUAUGAGGAGAUAUUUUCUGAUGCAACUGGGCGGCAUUGUUGUAGGCAUAUAUGCAACAAUUUCAAGUCUCAAUUUCUAGGAAUAUUACUUAGAAGUUUCUUUUGGAAGGCAGCAAAAAGUUAUGAUGUUGUUGGCUAUAAUGAAGCAAUAGCAAGUAUUAAAGAUAUUAACAUUGCUGCUUGGAGAUAUCUGGAUAAAAUUCCAAGAAGUUCCUGGUGUAGGCAUGUCUUCUCAUCUCAACUUAAGUGUGAGCACGUUGCAAAUAAUUUCACUGAAUCCUUUAAUAAUUAG